AGAGAAAAGAAAACUGCAGACUCUUUCUGUAACCAAAUACAUUUGACCAAAUAGGCAGAAACCAGCUGGAUACUAGUUGGAUCUUCCAAAAGAGCCCCUCGUUAGCUGCAGAGAGAGAGGGAACAGCCAUGCGUCUGCUGUGAUAAUGGAUCGCAAGAGGGCAGCCAGGAACAGAAAUGACAGAUGCGGCAAAUUUAACAACACGGAGGAGCCUGAGUACGACGUGGUGGAUGACCAGCAGGGAGUGGUUCAUGUGCGCAUACUUCCUGCGAGGCCCUUAAAUGAUGAGACAGAGUAUGCAGACAGGGAUCUCCCAAGGUCAUCAUCGGCUCAGAGCCUCUCAUCAGUCUGGACUGGUAACUCCAACAUCCUCCCAAGAGAAAUACCACUUACUUCAGUCCCCGGACCUGCAAUAAACAGAGACAUGAAGCCAGGCAGAAGAAAGAUCAGAUCGGAUAAGAGGUUCUCACCUGUGCUGCCAGUAGAGCAGUGCUCACACAGGCGAUGUCCUUCACCUCCAACAGAGAUAGUGAACCACUUGCCCGGGCUGACUAUAGGCGAAUCCUGCAGGAGAGAUGGACAGAGAGCAACUAAAAAAGCUGAAUUCAGUUCACAUACCAAAGGUCUACAGCAUGCUGAGAGUGUUUCAUCCCUUCAUACCAAUCCAAGACAUUCUCUGGAUCUGGAAACUCAUAAUACAGAAACAAGGUCACAACAAAGUCUAGAAAGGGUGCGAUCAAAACGUCAUCACCAUGAGUGGCCUCAAACUAAAGAAGACUUUGACCAACAUGACUUUGUUCCAAAGGGAAAACCUCAACAGACCUACAACGAAGAAGACUGGUAUGUCGGGGCUUGUUCCCGAGCAGACGCUGAGCACGCCUUACACCUGGUGAACAAGGACGGAGCCUUUUUGGUACGAGACUGCUCCAUGAACACCAACAGGGAGCCGUUGGUGCUGGCCGUGUAUCACAGCAAGAAGGUUUACAAUAUAAAACUCCGGUUCAUCGAGAGCUCCGGCAAGUACGCCCUGGGAACGGGACAACGGUCAGAUGAUAUGUUCGACUCUGUGGCAGACAUCAUCAAGAUUCACUCCAUAUUCCCAAUAACACUCAUCAGCGGGAGAAGCAUGCCCAGAAGCAAAUGUCCAGAAAACUGUGUGCUGACGUGUCCCAUUACAAAAAAUGAUGUUGUCCAACUGCUGCAAUAACACGUGAAUCAUUCCAGCAAAGAUAAUCUGCUCAAUCAAUGGAAAAAAAAUUACUUUAGCUCAGCCAAGAAAUAUUCAGGUCCAUUAAGACGUUAAUAGUGUAUUGAUGUAAUAUAUUCACUGUGUGUAGUAGAGUAAUACAGCAAGCAGAGGACUGCUUCAUGAAGCAGCACACUGAAUUUAUUCCCAAGAGCAAUCGCUUAUUCUAAUUUCCCACCAAUAUUUACAAGCCAUCGAGUAAACACGCUGCUUUUUCUACGUCAUAAGCCCAUUUUUCUGUUAAUAUGUUCCACUAUUAUUUCUAGAGUUUCCCUAAAUGUCAAUUAAGAAUACAAGGUGGCCUUGCUCUUUAUUUUGACCUGUUUCAGACCCAGAUAACAACGAUGAGCUCAUACCUGCUGCUCGUGGCUACAAUGGCUAGCUGACUCUGCUGUCAAGCUUUUACUAAACACAAUACUCCCAACGUCCUUUUCUUGUUAAUGUUUAGCUCUUUGUACCUUAGUUGUACGGUUGUGAAUUUCAGAUCGUAUAAUCGUCCGAAAUGUUCACCACAAAUGCCAUCUGGUUGGAAAACAAAACAUCUGCUUGAGUUCAUGAAGUUUUUUGGGAAAAAGAUGACUGAGUACACAAAUUGUGAAAGUGUUUGCCUGUGUCAAAUAAAAACAAUGUCU